GCCAGCGCCCGGAAGAUGACCAGGCUGCUCCUGGGGGUGACCCUGGAGAGGAUCUGCAAGGCCGUGUUGCUGCUGUGCCUGCUGCACUUCGUCAUCAUUAUGAUUCUCUACUUCGACGUCUAUGCCCAGCACCUGGACUUCUUCAGCCGCUUCAACGGCAGGAACUCCUCCCGGGCCCAGUCCUCCAACUCCUCCCGGCCCAACGGCACCGCCCCCAGCUGUGGGCCGGCUGGCGCUGACCCAGCCUCCAGCGCCAACCACUCUGGCACCGAGAAGCCCUUACCGCCCUGCCAGGAGGUGCCGCCUGGCUUAGUUGGCCGGCUCCUCAUCGAGUUCAGCUCGCCCAUGAGCAUGGAGCGGGUGCAGCGGGAGAACCCAGACGUGCGGGAGGGCGGCAAGUACGUGCCCCUGGACUGCCAGCCCCGCCAGAAGGUCGCCAUCCUCAUCCCCUUCCGCCACCGGGAGCACCACCUGCGCUACUGGCUGCACUACCUGCACCCCAUCCUGCGCCGGCAGAAGGUCGCCUACGGCAUCUACAUCAUCAACCAGUACGGCGAGGAUACCUUCAACCGGGCCAAGCUGCUCAACGUGGGCUUCCUGGAGGCCCUGAAGGACGAGGACGACUACGACUGCUUCAUCUUCAGCGAUGUGGACCUGGUCCCCAUGGACGACCGCAACCUGUACCGGUGCUACGAGCAGCCGCGGCACUUCGCCAUCGCCAUGGACAAGUUCAGCUUCAGGCUGCCAUACGCUGGUUACUUCGGGGGCGUCUCAGGCCUGAGCAGGUCCCAGUUCCUGAAGAUCAACGGCUUCCCCAACGAGUACUGGGGCUGGGGAGGCGAGGACGACGACAUCUUUAACCGGAUCUCUCUGAACGGCAUGAAGGUGUCGCGUCCCAGCGGCCACAUCGGGAGGUACCGCAUGAUCAAACAUGAGCGCGACAAACACAACGAGCCCAACCCACAGAGGUUCACCAAGAUCCAGAACACCAAGGUGACGAUGAAACGGGACGGCAUCAGUUCCCUGCAGUAUCGGCUGGUGGAGGUGACGCGCUGGCCCAUGUACACGAACAUCACGGUGGACAUCGGCAAGCCGCCCCCACGCCCGGCCCGGGGCUAG